CACGCUCUUGUACCGGCUGUUUGUCGUCGUCCUUCACUGCUGUCGCCGCCACUGAUUGGUUCUGCUCCGUCGCUCCUUCCUUGACCAACAGCGCGCACAUCGACCCGCCCCACCGAGCCCUCUCCUUCAGCCGCCUCCGCACUAGAAGGGCAUAUAUAGCUGUUGGACACUUCGCGUAGCUCUCACACAAAGGCAACAUGAUCGCUGGACGUGGCAGGCAGCGAAUUCGGCCACCGCGCAGGGGUCUGCACGGAGACGAGGUCGAUUUUGAGAAUACGUGGGCCACUAUCGAGGCUGCUUUUCGCGAAAUCCAUACCAAAAAUGCGUCGAAGCUAUCGUACGAAGAGCUGUAUCGCCACGCCUACCGCAUUGUCCUGAAGAAGAAGGGCGAAGACUUGUACCACAACGUCCACGAGUUUGAGCGCAAGUGGCUGAGUAGCGAAGUUCGCGCCGCCAUUCAGCAGUUGCUUUCGCCAAACCUUCUUGUGGACGUGCAGAGUCUGGGUGGCACAACCGCGAACGAGCGACGAGUUGCGGGCGAGAAGUUCCUCAAGGGCUUGAAGCAGGCAUGGGGCGACCACCAGGUCUGCAUGAGCAUGUUGGCAGAUGUGCUCAUGUACAUGGACCGUGUCUACUGCGCAGACCACCGCCGGCCGUCGAUCUUCAACGCUGCCAUGGUCCUCUUCCGCGACGAGAUCCUACGCUCACCUGUCUCCGAUCACGAUGCGCGCCUACUCCUCGGCCUUUUGAACCACGUUAUCCUUGACCAGAUCCAGAUGGAACGCGACGGCGAUGUCAUCGACAAGCACCUGAUCAAGUCAUGUGUGUGGAUGCUCGAGGGGCUGCACGAAGACGAGACGGAGUCAGAAGAGCAGCGUCUGUACAACGUCUCCUUCGAGCGAGAGUACCUGGAUACUAGCAGGGAGUUCUACAAGAGCGAGUCAGAGCUUCUGCUGCGUGACUCUAAUGCCGGCGCAUACUGCAGGCACGCCCAAAGGAGAAUUUACGAGGAGGAUGAGCGGUGCAAGCAGACGCUACUAGAGAGCACCGGGCCGAAGAUUCAGAAGGUCGUCGAGGAUGAGCUGAUCAAGAACCGGAUACACGAGCUGGUAGAAAUGGAGAGCGGAGUGCGGUACAUGAUCGACAACGAUAGGCUGGAAGAGCUGAACCUCGUGUACGAUCUGAACCGGCGUGUGGACGAGAAGAAGUCGGAGCUCACACGAGCAAUCCAGAAGCGAAUCGUCGAUAUGGGCACAGAUGUCAACAACGAUGCCAUUGCUGCAUCUCAAGCUCCUGCUCCUGCUCCUGCGCCUGUACCUGCACCGGCAGCCGAUCCUGCGGACAAGAACAAAAAGGUCGCACAGGAGAAGAGCAUCAACCAGCAGACGGUCGCAGCUAUCAAAUGGGUCGACGAUGUUCUCACACUAAAGGACAAGUUCGACCGUAUCUGGCGGGAUUCAUUCGAAGCGGACGGUCUGCUGCAGCAAGCAGUGACCAGGAGCUUUGCCGACUUCAUCAACUCGCCUACUUUCCCAAGAUCUUCCGAAUACAUCUCGCUCUUCAUCGAUGAGAACAUGAAGAAGGGCAUCAAGGGCAAGACGGAAAUGGAAAUUGAUGCUGUUCUGGAGAAGGCCAUCAUCUUGCUGCGAUAUGUCCAGGACAAGGAUCUGUUCGAGCGCUACUACAAGAAGCAUUUGUGCAGGCGACUCUUGAUGAACAAGUCGAUCAGCAACGAAGUCGAGAAGCAGAUGAUCUCGAAGAUGAAGAUCGAGCUUGGAAACAACUUCACGUUGAAGUUGGAAGCCAUGUUCAAGGACAUGACUAUUUCCGAGGAACUUACUGCAGGCUUCAAGAGACACGUCGAAGGACUUGGCGAGAAGGACCCGAAGCGCAUCGAUCUGAACAUCAACGUUCUCACCAGCAUGACAUGGUCACUCGAGACUAUUGGUGGUACAGUCGAAGAUGGAGAAGGUCGACCGCGAUGCAACUUUCCAACUGCCGUAGAGAAGGUCAAGCGCGGCUUCGAGAAGUACUACAACGAGAAGCACUCUGGGCGACAGCUCACUUGGCUUGCCAACAUGGGAUCAGCGGAUAUCCGAGCUACCUUUAAGAAAGUGCAGCAGAAGGAUGGAUCAUUCAAGGAGCGCCGUCACGAGCUCAACGUACCAACAUACGGCAUGGUCAUUCUGCUGCUGUUCAACGACCUGCCUGCGGAUCAGCACUUGACCUUCGAAGAGAUCCAAGCGCAAACGAACAUCCCAGCCCCUGACUUGAUCAGGAACCUGCAGUCCCUGGCUGUUGCACCGAAAACGCGCAUAUUGAUCAAGGAGCCCAUGUCAAAGGACGUGAAGCCGACUGACAAGUUCUUCUUCAAUGAGGGCUUCAACGGCAAGUUCGUCAAGAUUAAGGUCGGUGUAAUCAGCAGCGGCAACAAGGUUGAGAGUGACCGAGAGCGACGAGAGACCGAGAAGAAGAACGAUGAUUCACGACAGUUCUGUAUCGAGGCUGCUGUUGUUCGAAUCAUGAAACAACGCAAGGAACUCUCGCAUCAGCAACUCAUUCUCGAGACCCUUAGCCAACUGGCCGGUCAGUUCAAGCCCGAGGUCAACAUGGUCAAGAAGCGCAUAGAAUCGCUCAUCGAGCGCGAGUAUCUUGAGCGCAUCGACGGGGCGAAGGUGGACUCAUAUCGAUACCUUGCAUAGACAGUGGAGGUUCGGCGGUCCGCAUUGUACAAUAGGCGUUUGGCGAGCAUUGCAUUUGGGCCGAUUCCCCUGGUGGUCUGCGUAGCAUGGCGUAAGGAAGAUAUCUAUGACCUGGGAAAUGUACAGGCGUCAAAGGAUUAUCUGAAGGCAUAGCAUCAUAUCUCAAAUCCUGAGAUCAUCGAAUCGAAAACACGUUAGC